AUGGCAAACAGACCCCGGGAAGCUCCUGAUGAACCAGGCCCCCUGCCAAGGCCUGGAAGGCAGCAGGGCUCCGUAGCUGAGCUGGUCCCAGAAGCACCGGGGAGCAGACCAGGGCCACCACAGGAGCCUGGCCACCCUGGCAGGCUUGUUGACACCUCCCAACACCACCCACCUCCCACUGGCUAG